CACUAUUGACAGUUCCAUUCGAUAACAAACUUGUUUGGGUCGUUCGUUCGUUUUCAUCGGGUUAUUUACGCAGGUUACUUGCUUUUGUUCUAAAAAUGCGUCCUCCUCUUGCAAUAGUUAGAACAUAUUGCGCAACUGCUGCACCCAAAAGUAGUAAUUUUAUUGACGAAAUGAAGAGAAACUUCAUUGCAACAAAUACGUUUCAAAAAACUUUAUUGUCAUGUGGGUCAGCCGCUAUUUCUUUACUAAAUCCACAUCGGGGCGACAUGAUCGCUUGUUUAGGCGAAGUUACUGGAGAAAGCGCUAUAAAAUAUAUGCGACAAAAGAUGACAGAAACUGAAGAGGGCACGGAAAUACUAAAGGAAAAACCGCGUAUUAAUUCUGGCACUGUUUCCUUUGAUAAGCUAUCCCAAAUGCCAGAUAACACUUUAGGUAGAGUUUAUGCAGAUUUUAUGACUGAGAACAACAUCACAGCUGACUCUCGUCUGCCGGUUCAGUUUAUUGAAGAUCCUGAACUGGCUUACGUAAUGCAGCGCUAUAGAGAAGUGCAUGAUUUGGUUCAUGCCACUUUAUUCAUGAGAACAUCUAUGUUGGGAGAGGUUACAGUAAAAUGGGUAGAAGGUAUUCAAACAAGGCUACCUAUGUGCAUCAGUGGCGGCAUCUGGGGAGCAGCCAGACUUAAGCCAAAGCAUCGCCAGAUGUAUUUGAAGUACUAUCUCCCAUGGGCCAUCAAAACAGGCAAUAAUGCUAAGUUUAUGCAAGGAAUUUACUUCGAAAAAAGAUGGGAUCAAGAUAUAGAUGACUUUCAUAAAGAAAUGAAUAUUGUAAGACUUGUGAAGAAAUAGUAUUUGCCUUAUUUUAUGUAAAAAAAGUAUACUAAGUCAUUAGUUAUUGUUGUAGAAUUUUAGUUUGUUUUGAAUGUGCAAUAGUAAGUUGUUAUUUGAAAAUAAAAUAUGCCAUAAACUCUGA